CCCAUCGAGGCCGCACCCCUGCCCAUCCACGCUGCGCCCCGAUGGCUGCCCACUGGCUCUCCCUGGGGCUGCUGAUCCUGGGUGCGGUGGUCGCUGUCCCGCAGGGAAGAUCCAACCGAGCAGCCUGUCCAGAUAACUCCACUCACUACUACAAUGCAACUUCUCAGAGCUGCUGCUUCCGCUGCCCCGAGAAUGAGGAGAAGCUCAGAGAUUGUCCUCAAGAUCCCAAGAAGGAUUGCGGAAAAACCUGUCAGAAAGACUAUUAUCUGAUCCAGAAAGCCCAGAAGUAUUACUGUGAAGCCUGUGUCAGCUGCUCACGAGAUGACCUCGUGGAGAAGGCACCUUGUUCCGGGAGAUCUCAUCGGAUCUGCCAGUGCAAAGACGGGAUGUACUGCACCACCUCUGCCAUCAACACCUGCGCCCGCUGCACGAAGCACUCCGUCUGUGACCCCGGGACCAGAGUCAAACACCAAGGUACCCCGGAAAGGGACACCGAGUGCGAGCCGAAUCCAGUGGGGACAGACUCGGAUGUCAUUUCCAGAGAGGGGGACUGCGGAUCUCACACCAACUGCACCAAGUUGAGCAAGCUGAUGAACAAGAGAGGAAAUGCCUCGCACGACCAAACCACCCUGGAGAGCAGCCCGGCCUCACCCACUCUACGCAGCUUGUUGGGAUCCACCGUUACCACGCUGCAACAGACCAUCACCGGCCCCACCGCUCAACCAGCAGCGCCAAGCCCCAGCCCCCGAGCUAGUGACCUCGUGCUGGUUGCCGUCGUUGACACUACAGGGCAGACGACAGGUAUCGUCCCCCAGGACAGCAUCAGCCACGGGACACUUUUUGUAGAGAUCGCAGCAGUCGUGGCAGCCUCUGGCCUGGUCCUGCUUCUGAUUUUCCAGCGCAAGUCGUGUCGAAAGCGGAUCCUGAAGAAGCUUCACCUGUGCACCGGUCAAGUGUACAGACCCAACCAGACAACCUUGGAUCCUGAUUUUGGGAAGAAUUAUUUACUGAACAGCAGUUCACUAGCAGCCAAAGGAGAAUCAGAAGAGACCGAGAUCCUGAGCGGACUCCCGGCCCUGGAGACCAACAACAAUGAAACCCCUGGUUUAGGCAAGAGGCCCAGCCUGAGCUUGGCCGAGGUCCACGGCUCUGGGGAGAAGGAGACGACAGAGCCCCUCGUGAGGGGACACACCAAUAAUCGGAUCGAGAAGAUCUACAUCAUGAAAGCCGAGACUGUGAUCGUGGGAUCCAUCAAGGGCUCAGUCAACGAGGCCCCCAAGGGCAAAGGCCCGGUGGAGCCCGGCUGUGAGAGUGAAGCCCUGGAGACGGACCAGACUCCACACUUCCCAGAGCAGGAGACUGAAAUGUCCCCGGAGAGUCACGUCACGUUCUCUGUGGAGGAGGAGGGGAAGGAGUUCCACCAUCCCACGGCGGUCUCUGGGAAAUGAGAUGGGGGGCCCCGGCGGGGGCCCUGCCAAGAAACAAGUUGAGCUGUUUACAAGCUGGAUGUACCCUUUGGUGCGUUCGGUGGUGUUCUUCUCCUUGGUCAAGCCCGGGCAGCCUGGGGAGUGAGGAUUACAAGGUGUGGCGUGGAGGCCUGGUAUAGCCUCUACAGUUCAUGGGAGAAUCAGCCAUAAAACUAGAAGGAACUAGGAGAGGUCAUCUGGACCAGCCCCUUUCCUCUAAGCAGGUGAAAGACUAAAUCGUACAGCACGGGCGAAUCUGUUCUUUUCUUGAAGGCCUUUUGAGAGGGAGAUUCCACAGCCACCCUCAGUAACCCAAUCUGCAUUUUUAUCCCCGUCAAUAUUCCGGCAUCUUUUCCUCGUGUCUCUCUAGUGGAUUGAAAAACUGAACUUUUAUUGCUGAAUCACAGUAUCGUGAAACAUUAAUGAUAACCCAGCUCUUGACCACUCCCCACUAUCCAGCAAACAGAAUACUUGAAUUGUCUCUAAACUUCAAAUUGUCAGAGAAGAUUGACCGGGCGGCCUGGAGAUGGCCUUGGACACAUCUUCUUCAUCCGCUACAGGUCCUGGACUGGAGCUGAGCAAAGAGGAGCCCUUGCUCCACCCUGGUGGAAGGAAGUGGAUCCAUUCUCCUUUUCAAGCCUGGAUGGGUCUGAAAAGGAAAAAGACAAGACUGACACCUCGUGCGUCGUCACUCCUCCAGCCACGGCCAAGGCCACGUUGGCACGCGAUAAGCCCUGUCUUACUGGCACCGUUACCACCAGACUGGGCAACCCACUUGCUUUCAGCAGCUGAAAUAGAGCCAUCUGACUGUGGUUGCCUUAUCUGAGUCACCAAGGACUUCUCAGUCAGUGAUUCAUAUUCCCACUGUUGCCCUUACCUCAUGCAUUAUAAGAGUCUAAACAGUGUCACCUGGGUCACCCAACCCAGUGGUACAAGCAACCCAGUAUUCUUCCUCCUACAGUGUCAGUCAAUCAGUGGUAUUUACUGAGCACCUACUGAAUGCAGAGCGCAUUGAAUUGAAAAAUUGAAUGAUGGACAACCAACUUCUUUCCUAAUGGGUGCCUCAGAAUCUUGAGGCUUUCCUAAGCCUCAGGAGAGCCCCAGAGUCACACCUGACCCUGGGUGACAGAUGAAGAAUCAGGAGGCACAAAGAGUUUGAGCGGAUUGGCUCUGGUCACCCAGAUUGACUGGGCAGCACCAGGUGAUGAUGGAUGGUCCUUGCUACGCCAGCUAAUAUGAUACCCCAGGGCUCUAACAUUGGAUGAACUUUGCCCAAUUCUGCAGUUUUACCCCACUGUUGCUACUCCUUCAACCAAUGACCUUGGCUCCACGUUCAUAUGGAAUUUUCCAGCCUCAGUGGUAAUGCUGAUCGGAAGAGAGAUGGGCAGCGUGAAAAUCCAGGAUCUGGACAUCCUGGACCCUCUAACCAUUUUUUUCCUGUAGUGCCGAAGGAACCACUGUUGCCCUUGGACAACUCUAGACCAAAGGGUUCAAACACCCUCUGCCUCGCUGAAGGAGACUCACUUCAUCCCUGCAAGCAUCCCCAGGCCCGGGGGGAGCAAGAGAGGAUGACUCUGUGAAGGGCAGCAGUAAGCCUCAGGAGUUCUGCUGAUUGGCAUCUGAGCAUUUCUUCCUAGGGUUCAGAUUACUUUUCUGGAAAAGGAAGAAGGGCUUUCCACGAGGAACUGUUGAGCUUACACGUUGGCUUGGUGAUGGGGCUGGUUGUUUGGGUCAGGAAGCUUGGAUGAAUUGGAGUCUUUGUGAGAAUUCUGGAGCAGUUUGGCCUAAUUGCUGAGCCAAAUCCCAAACUGUCUGUUUCUAAAAUAUUUUGACAAGACAGUCAGCAGUAAAUAUAAGUUUCAUUGAGUGUCCUGGGAACAGAAGACUACUCUCCUGGGUAUUUUUCCCAACCUUCCACUGACUUUACUUUCAGAACUUUCUAACUGAAGUUAUAAUUAUGAGUUAACAAAUGAAGUGGUUGCCCCUAUAGGGAUGCACAUUUUACAGGCACAAUGCUCUUUUUCCUGUUGUUUUCCUGAAUGGAAACCUCCCAAGGGGCAGAUUCUUGCCCCAAAAACCUUCGAGGAAAAUUGUGCUUAGAUACUCACUCAUUCCUAGCAGUGAACAUAGAACCGUUUCUUCCCACACUUCCGUAUCCAAACUGGCUCGAGUUGUUGGACAAACAUUCCCUAGUCCCCUAACAAUGUUGUAGUCAAAAUGUGUAGUGCAAACGUGUAUGAUAACAGAACUGAAAGUAUCUAGAAGUCAUUGCAUGUACAUAUUCUUGGCUUCAAGUCCAGAAUGCUGGACAAAGAUGACUAAAGCCUGCUCUUGCCUUGGUUGAAAGGUCAGAAAGAUCCAUCUCCUGUGAGCCAGUUCUUUCUGGGAUGCCUGCCACAAUUUUGAAUGUGAGUACAUAAUCCAUAUGUUUGAAGCUUGAGAAAAUCUAGGGAAAUUUAAAGAAAAUCCAGUUGUGGAAGUUAGGAAAUUGAACAAAUAUUUCAGCUCUUGAAACAGUGCUGGACACAAUAGUGAGUGCUGAACAAAUACCAUAAUAAAUAUUUAAUUUCUGGUUGA